CAAAGUGGAGCUGUAUUUGGGUUACAAAGUGAGCUUCCUCAAGCCCUGAGCCCCACAGAGUCUCUCCUCGCUCCACAGCGCGCCCUCCCGCAGAUGGGAGCGAGCACCGAGCCAGAACGCAGCAGCUGGUGUCUCCGGGCCGUAAGCAGACGUCUCCCCUCACACCACCGCCUUUCCUUAUCUGCGGCCCAGCGACGUGGCCUGGCUCCUUUUAUGAACAACAAAACCGUGAUGGGGGUGACAGGAGUCAGAAACAAUUCAGCGCAGGAAGCCGGGGUAUCCGGUGAGAAGUAAGACAGGAUGCGCCCUGGGUCAGGGGGCCUUGAAAGCCCUCAGCCUUUGUGUCCUUCUCGGCAACAGAGCGUCCACGUCGCAGCCCCGGGCUCCCCUUGCAGCUCAGCUGGGGCUGCCAGCCUCCCGCCCAGGGGACCCGGAGCCCACGAUGGCCACGUCGUUGGGCCUGCUGCUGCUGUCGCUGCUGGCCCUGCCCCGGGCGGGGGCCGCCGAGGGGCAGGAGGCCGUGGUCUGCGCGGGGGCGGCCUGCUACACCGCCCACUGGGGCAAGCUGAGUGCGGACGACGCCCAGCAGCGCUGCAGCAAGAAGGGGGGCAACCUGGCCACGGUGAAGACCGAGGAGGAGGCCCGGCACAUCCAGAGCGCCCUGGCCCGGCUCCUGCAGACGGCGGUGCCCCCGGCGGGGCGCAUGGGCCGGUUCUGGAUCGGGCUCCAGCGAGACAAGGGCAAGUGCCUGGACAGCAACCGGACGCUGAAGGGCUUCAGCUGGGUGGGCGGCGGGGAGGACACGCUCUACACCAACUGGUACAAGGGGGCCAGGAACUCCUGCAUCUCCAAGCGCUGCGUGUCCCUGCUGCUGGAGCUGUCGCUGCCCGCCCUCGGCAGCCUCCCCAGGUGGGCCGAGGGCCCCUGCGGGAGCUCCAGGUCUCCUGGGAGCGGCAUCGAGGGCUUUGUCUGCAAGUUCAGCUUCAAGGGGAUGUGCCGGCCCCUGACCCUGGGGGGCCCCGGCCAGGUGAACUACAGCACCCCCUUCCAGGCCAGCAGCUCCUCCCUGCAGGCCGUGCCCUUCGCCUCUGUGGCCAGCGUGGCCUGUGGGGACGGGGCCGGGGCCGCGAGCUUCCAGAGCUACUUCCUGUGCAAGGAGAAGGCCCCUGACGUGUUCGACUGGGACACCUCGGGGCCCCUCUGCAUCAGCGCCCGGCUCGGCUGCAACUUCAACAACGGGGGCUGCCAGCAGGAGUGCUUCGAGGGCGGGGACGGCUCCUUCCGCUGCGGCUGCCGGCCGGGGUUCCGGCUGCGGGACGACCUGGUCACCUGCGCCUCCCGGGACCCCUGCAGCUCCAGCCCAUGUCAGGGGGGGGCCACCUGUGUCCCUGGGCCCCUCGGGAAGGACUUCACGUGCCACUGCCCCCAGGGCUACCAGCUGGACCCCACUCAGCAGGACUGCGUGGACGUGGACGAGUGCCAGGAUGCCCCCUGCGCCCAGGAGUGUGUCAACACCCCCGGGAGCUUCCGCUGCGAGUGCUGGGUGGGCUACGAGCCCAGCGGCCUUGGAGAGGGGCCCUGUUGGGAUGUGGACGAGUGCGCCCCCGGCCGCUCGCCCUGCACCCAGAGUUGCACCAACACUGAAGGCUCCUUCUACUGCUCCUGCGAGGACGGCUACAUCCUGGCCGGGGAGGACGGCACCCAGUGCCUGGACGUGGACGAGUGUGGCGGCCAGGAGGGCAGCCCCUGCAGCGGCCUGUGCUUCAACACGGAGGGGUCCUUCCGCUGUGGCUGCCUGCCGGGCUGGGAGCUGGCCCCCGACGGGGUCUCCUGCACCGGGGGCCCCACGUCCCCUGGCCCACCGGCCAGGCCUCCCCAAAGGGGGCACAUGAGCAAUGAAGAGGGGACGCUUGUGCUGUCCGCCAACACACCCAGUCCCACCAGGGAUACUGAGGGCACCUCCAAGGUGGCACCCACCUCCAGGGGAGCCUCCUCCCCCCCCAGCAUCCCCGUCCCUGCCUCCCUGGCCCCACCUGAGAUGCUGGCCCCCAGCAGGACCCCUGGCAUUGGGACGGAGCCCAGCACCCAUCAGCCCACGGCCACCGCCGCCCCCGGGGAGCUGGCAGGGGAGGACUUCAAGGCCGAACAGAGCGACGAGGGUGCAGACGGGCAGAGGCUGCUGCUGUUCUACAUCCUGGGCACCGUGGUGGCCAUCCUGCUUCUGCUGGCUCUGGCUCUGGGGCUGCUGGUCUGUCGCAAGCGCAGGGCCGGGAGGGAGGAGGAGGAGAAGAAGCCCCAGAGCGCGGCUGACGGCUACUCCUGGGUCCCCGAGCGCGCCAAGAGCAGGGCUACGGAGAACCCCUACAGGUGA